AUAGGAGCUUGUCAUCUUUAAGCAGCAAACUAAGAAAGUCCUUGUUCCGGAUCAGACUAAGAGAGAGAGAGAUGGAAAAAAUAAUUUUCUGUGGUCUAAUAGUGCUUGUGGGGUUAUUCACCACAGAACUUAGAGUGGCAUCUGCAGCUUGGCAACAAGCUCAUGCAACUUUCUAUGGUGGAAGUGAUGCAUCAGGAACAAUGGGUGGGGCAUGUGGCUAUGGAAAUCUCUACACUGAUGGUUAUGGAACAAAAACAGCUGCGUUGAGUACUGCUUUGUUUAAUGAUGGCAAGGCAUGUGGUGGCUGUUAUCAGAUAGUUUGUGAUGCAAACCAAGUGCCCCAAUGGUGUCUCAAGGGCACUUCAAUUACAAUCACUGCCACAAAUUUCUGCCCUCCAAACUAUGCACUCCCUAGUGAUGAUGGGGGAUGGUGUAAUCCUCCUAGACCACACUUUGACAUGUCUCAACCUGCCUUCGAGACGAUCGCCAAGUACAAGGCUGGAAUUGUUCCAAUUUUCUACAGAAAAGUUGGGUGCAAAAGAACUGGGGGCAUCAGAUUUACCAUCAACGGGAGAGACUAUUUCGAACUAGUGCUCAUAAGCAACGUAGGUGGAGCAGGGGAUAUUUCAAAUGUUUGGAUCAAAGGGUCUAAAAUGAGUAACUGGGAAACCAUGUCAAGGAACUGGGGAGUUAACUGGCAAAGCUUAAGUUAUCUUAAUGGUCAGAGCUUGUCCUUCAGAGUCCAACUCAGCAGUGGAAAGAUUCGCACAGCUUAUAAUGUGGCACCGUCCUCUUGGACAUUUGGCCAGUCUUUCAAAAGCAAUGUUCAGUUUUGAAGGGAAGCAUACAUAUAAUAUUCAGUAUUCUUCCAUUUCAUACUUCUUUAUAAAUAUAUCCGGUUUCUGAUUUGCUUGUCCAAGGGAUGUACGUUAUAUUUGUAUGCUUUCAUAGGGGUUGUGGCUCACCAAUUUUAGCACUUUGCGAUGAAGCCCACCAAAUUUGAUAUUUUUUUUUCUUAACUCGGGCAAAUAUGUAAGCCCAAACAGGUACUUGAAGUUUGCAACUAUGUGACAAAAACGGAAGAAGCUUGUAAUGAUCUGAUAUACAUUGUAAAAUGAUCUGCACAACUUAUAGUACUAA